GAGCAGAUUUUGAAGACGGACGAGCAGCAGCCGAUUUCAGAGUCGUUCAGAACUGCUUUCACCCUACGAGCCCUCGUGGACCCUGUGCUCCUGCGGCAGCAGCUCCUGGUCAUUCCCAAAGUCAGGAGAGGCACGGAGAGGCGUCUGUUCAGUACUGUGGCCCCCGUCUAUGGAACUGCCUGCCGGAGGAGCUCAGGGCUGCAGAGAACGUUCAUGUUUUUAAGAGGGAACUGCUGGGUGAAAAUCUGUGCCCAAAAUGCCCAAAAAGAAGACAGGUGCGCGUAAGAAGGCUGAGAAUCGUAAGGAGAGAGAGAAGCAGAUUCGAGCGAAUAAAAAACAUGUUGAUGUGGCUAAACAUCCCUGCAACGUCAAUAUGGAAUGUGACAAGUGCCAGAGGACACAGAAGAACAGGGCUUUCUGCUAUUUCUGCUCGGCUGUCCAGAAGCUGCCCGUGUGCGCUCAGUGUGGUAAAAUGAAGUGCAUGAAGCCUUCAGAUUGUGUCAUCAAACAUCCAGGCGUCUACACCACUGGAAUGGCGAUGGUGGGGGCGGUGUGUGACUUCUGCGAGGCCUGGGUCUGCCACAGUCGGAAAUGCCUGAGCACUCACGCGUGCGCCUGCCCCCUCAUUGAUGCAGACUGUAUCGAGUGUGACCGGGGCGUCUGGGAUCACGGAGGGAGGAUCUUCCGUUGUUCCUUCUGUCAGAACUUCCUAUGCGAGGAUGAUCAGUUUGAGCACCAGGCCAGCUGCCAGGUCCUUCAGGCAGAAACUUUCAAAUGUGUUUCCUGCAACAGACUGGGCCAACACUCAUGUCUGCGCUGUAAGGCCUGUUACUGUGACGACCACGCCAAGAGCAAAGUGUUCAAACAGGAAAAGGGCAAAGCACCUCCCUGCCCCAAGUGUGGCCACGAGACCCAGGAGACCAAAGAUUUGAGCAUGUCCACACGCUCCCUGAAGUUCGGCCGGCAGAGCUGUGCUGAUGACGAGGACUACGGUUACGGCGACGGGGCGUCCGGUUACGACUCGUACUGGAAGAAAGUGGCGUCCAGCGGCGGGGGUGACGAGGAAGACUACGCAGAAGAUGAUGAAGAUGAUGAUGACGAUUAUGAGGAAGAGGACGAAGAGGAGGAGGAAGAGGAGGAGGAUGAGGAAGACGACUCGCAAGAAGAAACGGCAGCUGAGUCGAUGUCUGCUCUGAAACUAGAUACAGCUUCUUAAGUCAUGUCACGUUUUGCACAUUCAGGAGACCAAAUGUGAAAGGUUUUUGCAGCAUCUUUCCUGGAAUACAUCCCCAACAUUCUUAAAAACGGUUAAUAAAAUUUCAAUGACGAUUCA